CUAGGCCGAGCCCGGGAGGUGGCAGCUGGGUCCCUCGCGCGCGGAGUGGGACCCAUAGCUCCCGCCCCCUUUCCGCCCAGCUUUUCCUGGGCCGGUCCCUCGCACCACGUGUCUUCCUGGCCGCUCCCCCCGAGAGCUCUUCCCAGGCUCCUGCGGAAGCUGCUGUAAAAUGUCGUGACGGACGUCGCCGCUUUGCGGCCGUCUCUGUGAGAAGCCGAGCCCGGGAGUGCCCACCGCAGUUAGCGGUUCCUUGAGCGGAGUCCUGAGCGAGGGCGAAAGCACUCGGGCGCGCGCGCUCCUGGCCUGUCCGCCGCGCCCGCGAGGGCUCCGGGCGAUGUGAACUCGAGGCGGCUGCUGUGCUCCCGGGCCUCGGGGAGGCAGGUGCCUGGGAGGCCGCCGGGAGGCCCGGCAGGAUGGAGGAGAGCAUGGAGGAGGAGGAGAUGCUCAGCUACGAGGCGAUGAUGGACGACCAGAACCACAACAACUGGGAGGCCGCCGCGGACAACUUCCGGCAGCCGCCACCGCCACCGCCACCGCCACCGCUACCGCUACCGCCCUCGUCGUCCAUCCAGGAUCCCGGCCGAGAAGCCCCGGGGGGCCAGCUGCUGGCUAUGCCCGCGGGUUCCGUGGACGGGAAGGACCCUAAGGAGGGGCUCCCGCUGGGGCCUCCGCCCUUGCCGGAGCCCAACGGGGUGAUCAUGAUGUUGAAGAGCUGCGACACGGCUGCCGCGGUGACCAAGGCGGCCUCCGCCCCCACCCCCAGCUCCACCAUCAACAUCAACACCUCCACUUCCAAGUUCCGUAGAUUCCAGGAUUGGACUCAGGCCCUUAGGCUUGUUGUGAUGAAUGUCAUAACAAUCGAAGAUUAUAAGAGCACAUACUGGCCAAAAUUAGAUGGUGCCAUAGACCAACUUUUAACCCAGAGUCCUGGCGACUAUAUACCUAUAUCCUAUGAACAGAUUUACAGCUGUGUAUAUAAGUGUGUGUGCCAGCAGCACUCGGAACAGAUGUACAGUGACCUGAUUAAGAAGAUAACCAGUCACUUAGAACGAGUCUCCAAGGAGCUGCAGGCCAGCCCUCCAGACCUCUAUAUUGAGAGAUUUAAUAUAGCUCUGGGACAGUAUAUGGGAGCAUUACAGAGCAUCGUGCCUCUUUUCAUAUAUAUGAAUAAGUUUUACAUAGAAACUAAACUUAACAGAGACUUAAAAGAUGAUCUUAUAAAGCUGUUUACGGAACACGUUGCAGAAAAGCACAUUUACAGCCUAAUGCCUUUACUUUUAGAAGCCCAGUCAACACCAUUUCAGGUCACACCUUCAACUAUGGCAAAUAUUGUGAAAGGCCUGUACACUCUCAGACCAGAAUGGGUUCAGAUGGCUCCGACUUUGUUUUCUAAGUUUAUUCCAAACAUUCUGCCUCCAGCUGUGGAAUCUGAACUAUCUGAAUAUGCCGCUCAAGAUCAGAAGCUUCAAAGAGAACUUAUACAGAACGGUUUUACCAGAGGUGACCAGUCCCGGAAGAGAGCUGGGGAUGAGUUGGCUUAUAACAACCAGUCCGCUUGUGCAGGUUCCAGGGGAUACAGAUAGUGACUGUUGAAGACUUUUCUCCCGGAGAGAAGACACUGGAGCUGCAGACACUGUUCCAGGCACAGUGGGGCCUGCACCACUCAGGAGCUCUGUCAGAGGCUGUUCGCAGAGAGGAUGCCACACUUCUUUCUUUUGAUUUUCAAUUUUAAAAAACAAGAACUAACAAAAACAAUUGCUGCUAGACUUGAGGGUGAUUUUGAAAUGGGACAAUCUUUUAUUAAGUUCAUCUACAGAGCAAGUGUCUUGGAGAGUGGCCAUUGCUAAGUGAAGCCCAACAUGCAAAUCAGCUUCCUCCAAAAAAUACAAAAAUGAAAGAAUUCUUUUAAGCACUUGUCUUGUUCUUUUGUAGACUAGGCACAUGGUAUCUCAUGUCAAGAUAUUUUUGCUUUAAAACCAAGCAGAUGCUACAGUACAGUGUUUUUACCUGUGUCCCAAACAAUGUUUUAAAUUCAGAAUCGGUCUAUGUUUAGCACUAGUCUUAUGGAGGAAAAUGCUAAUAACUGCUUUCACUAUAACUUUCCCCAUCAGUUCACGGUUUUAACUCUGUGCCUUGAGCUUUGUGCACUUUUGCAACUGUGUGACCAUGUCAUCAAACUCAAAAUGCUUCCUGGAGAAGUUGAUAUCCCAUACUGACCUACCAAGGCCUCUGGUGUGGCCUUCUGACAGGACCUGAUUGAGAAAAUGGAUAGGCGUCAGAAUUCACCUUCUGUCCCAGUUCUCAUGGGGACCAACUCUUACUGAGUGGUUUCCUUCCUGCCAUCUCCCCAUCUGAACUUACCAGCGUCUGUAGUGUGGGUGGAGCUCUGGUCCAGGGCUGUGCUACUGUAGAGAUUGCCCAACAGGGGGAGCUGCUCCCUGAAUCCCUCUAGGGAGCAGUGUUAGUAAAGCCAAAUAUGGUGAGUAGUCUUGGUCCAUCUCAUUUUAAUCGAUGCAUUUAGUAUUUGUAAAAGGUCAACUCUGCCCUGUUUCUUGUAAACAUCAUGUUUGAUAUUUGAAUACAGUAGGGGAGAGUUUGCACUGGUUUUUGAAGGCUUCCUUCAGCUGGAUUUUCUGUCUCACUGCACCAACAGUGCUCUUUAGGUCCGCACAAAAGUCUGAAGCUUACUCCAGGUGUUUUUCCAGUGGUAAACAACAAAUAGACAUGGUGAAGGAAAAUAUUUUUCUCCUCAGUUUUGCUUGAAUAUGAAGUGAGCCUUGGCUUUGUGCUCAGCAGGCUUAGCCGACAGUGAUUCUGAGCCUUCAGAGAAUGCCUCCUCAGGCUACUGCUGCGAACUCAGUGGGCAGAGAGUUAGAAAUGGGGAUACAGGGGCAAGAACGUUGUCCUAUAUCAGUUCAGGAUUUGUAAAUGAUGGUCUAGGGGAGGAAUAGUAAGAGCUGACAGCUUGGCUCUUUUGGGUACUUCUCUGCAGUUGGUAGUUUGUGGGGUUUUUAAUUGACUUAGUUUCAUUUGGGUUAUAUUGAAGAACCUAGAGUAGGGACAGGCAGGCUCUUACUGUGGCCUGCACAGCCUUUUCUACUCUAAUAGCAAGGGAAAUUUUCAUUUUAUCAAGAAUUCCAAAGUUUGCUUUUCUGUUGGGAUGUUUGCCGCACGGUUGUAAUAUCAUUUGGAACUGGUUUCUUCUACAUGGCUUUAAUAUUUUUGACAGCAAACUUGGAACAUUUCUUGAAACAUAGGUAAGUAGCUCAGUGUCUUAAUUUAUACUCCUCCCCUGAAAGAGAGUACACUUUUUUUCUCUAACAGAACCUUCCCUAUAAAAGCAUUAUAUUAUGUAAAUUGGCAUUAAAGUGAGUGCUUUUGUUAUUAAAUUAA